AUGACUUAUACUCCUUUCAACAAUGAUGAUACUUACCGAACUGAACAGCCUGAUCUCUGGGAACGGACUCCCUCAUAUGCCCCCACUACCGCGGUUGUAUGUGAAAAUAUGAGUGCAUGGGAUGAACAAUCUCCAGACUGUAUUCACUACCAGAUCGAGUGGAGGGUUAAAUUGAACAAUCGAGUUGUAGUGAAGGAUACGGAACAACACAUGACUCUGCUACCCAGCUCUUAUUGGGAAUAG